AAUUUAGCCACCCCCGCCCUCCUCUCCGCUCUCCUCACCCUCCUAGUUUAUCCUUGGUUGGUGGGCACGAUGUGGUCGCACCACACCAAACCAGAUCCAUGCAAGCUAAGCGUCGUCUAGAUGCACAUUUGCUCAAGUUAUGGCGAGAUUGGCGGCUAUAUACGUCAUUUCGGACUCCAAGAGAAAGCUAGCGCGACUAGCUUUAAAUGAGAGUGUGGAACGAAAGAUUUUUCCUUCUGGUUCUCAGAAACGCGCAUAGGGUCUGACGGGAAGAGAUAGGGGUUGAAAAAAAAAAAGAGUUAUCAAAUCAGACAAGGUACUUGAGUUUGUGAGGGGAUGUUUUGAGAUCCCGAAAUCUCUGUGUGUUCUCCAAUUAUAUCUUGAGCCUGGCUUCCGCGACGUGGAUGGAUUUAAGGAGUGGAAGGGCGAGCGGAGGGUUAGUCUGCAAGGUGGCUCUUUUAUUCUGUGCUUGUCUCUGUUUCUUCUCUGUUUGUGCUCUGGUCUCAGGAACCGGCAGUGGGAGGGCUUCUGUAGAAAUUAGAAACAGGGGAAUGGAUUCUUGUAAGCAGUGUGAGGAAGCCUUGCUACAGUGCGACGCCGGCGUCCUGAGAGUUCCCCGUCCGGCGGCGCAAUGUAGGAACAUGCACGCUUCUCUGCUAACGUGCUCGUCUGGCCGACCAGGGCCCGUCCACGGCUACUGGUCUAUGCUAAGAUGCGCUUUUACCGUAACUGGACGAAUUACGAAAUUUCCCUGGGACCCACCCGAAUCAAUGUUGGACCCAUUUCAAGGCUCUCCGUACUAACAUGCACGAGGUGGUGACCGUAUCCCGCAGGGGGGUUGCAGGAGGCGCGACGUGGAAGGGGUAGCGGCGGUGCCCCGGAGGAUUCUGGGCGGGCCGGGGUCGUAUCCUCCGCGGUGCACGUCCAAGUGCGGCAAAUGUACCCCCUGCCGGCCGGUACACGUGCCGGUCCCGCCGGGCACGCCCGUGACGACGGAGUACUACCCGGAAGCUUGGCGAUGCAAGUGUGGCGACCGGCUCUACAUGCCGUGACGGCUGAAGGCCCAUUACAAGCAACAAAACUGCACAAGCUGCAAGCCCGACCAAUUUCAUGUUAUUGUUGUUACGUAAAUAUUGCGAAAUUAUUGAAGCUAGGAAAAGUGAAGAGGGGAUACACUGGAUUUUCUAAGUUGUUCAUGUGGAUCCUUGGCAUGCAAGUGUGCUGCUGUUGUUGAACGUAGCAUUGCUGCUUUCUACGUGCCUUGCUGGUUGGUGGUGCGGCUCGAGUGGAGUUGUGAUGGAGGGAGGAAGGUGGGACGAGAAUAAAAAUAUUUGUAUAUAGUAUAGUGAUUUUAUAGUGUUUUUGCUUUGAUGGCUAAAUAGUGAUAGUGGAAUAUCAACUAGUCUUGCAUUAAUUUUU